AUGGCAAAUUGUGAGGAGGAACAAUUUUCGAGCGAAGAAACUUUAACGUUAGAAGAAUCGAGGAAUAAGCUUGCUCAGAUGAAUCUUCCGAUAUCUGGGGCUAGGUCAGUGCUGGUAGCCAGGCUAAAUAGAGCAAUUAGUGCAGGUCAAUCAAAUCUUAAAGAACAAGUGAGUGGUGAAAGAUCCGUGGAGAAGCGAGGUAUAGGGACGAAACCAAAAAAUAAGCAUGAUCGAGAUGUAGACGAAAGUCUCGAGAGGCUCAGGGCGAAGGAAUUGAGGGAACGUCUGGCUAGCAUGAGGCUAGAGACGAAAGGAAGAAAAGCAGAAUUACAUGAGCGUUUACGGGCGGCCUUAGAAGAAGAUGCGUCGUUGGAGGAGGAAACCGACUAUGAGAGUGAAACGGAAGAGGAUGAAGAGGAUGAAAGUGAACGCAGAAGGAGCGUGCGAGAUGGGAAUCAAAAUUGUGAUAGAUGCUGUAGAAAGACACGUAGGCGAACAACAUUGAGUUUUCAAGAUGUUCAAGACGCUUUGGAAGUUUUUACAGGCGAAAAUAACGAAAAUGUUAACCAAUGGUUCAGGACAUUUGAAGAAACGGCGAACUUCGAGAAACGGAAAAAAAGAGAAGACGAAGGAUGUACAGCUUAUAUGUAUCGUAUGCUUGGCAUAGCAAGUCACAUGGAUAUGGAAGAAGCAGCAAAAAUGCGGUACAUCAUAGAAGGAAUAACGGAUAAAGAAGUUAAUAAGGCAAUACUAUAUGGGGCAAGAUCAAUGAAAGAACUUAAGGAAAAUCUGAUCAUCUAUGAGGAACAAAAAUCUCGCAUAGCAGAGUCAUCUGUGAGACAGGUUAGACCUGAGGACAACAGGAAAUAUAGUCAAUCUGCAAGUGUGGUGAAGUAUAGAAGAUGUCAUAAUUGCGACGAUAAAGAACAUGCAAGUGCUGAUUGUCCAAACAAAUCGAGAGGUCCUAGAUGUUUUAAAUGUAGAGAAUUCGGACACAUUUCAACAAACUGUGCGAAUAUACUUAAGGUUAAGACGCGUUGUGAUGGGUGGCGGAAUGGGAAUAAAGGAGGGGUCAAGCAAAUUAAGAUUAUGGACAAGAAUGUGGUGGCAAAGAUAGACACAGGUAGUGAUCUAAAUUUAGUAAGAAUGAAUAUGUUAAGACGCGUUGUGAUGGGUGGCGGAAUGAAAAUAAAGGAAAUUAAGACUAUGGACAAGAAUGCAGUGGCAAAGAUAGACACAGGUAGUGAUCUAAAUUUAGUAAGAAUGAGUAUGUAUUUGCGUUUAGGAGCACCUCAACUUGAGAACAGAAUAAUUAAAUUCGAUAGUAUAGGAGCCGUGAACGUCCAUACCAUGGGACGAUUCAAAACGGAAAUAAUGAUUGAGGGUUUGAAGGCAACUUUAGACUUUGACGUAGUUCGAGAUAACUACCUAGAACAUGAUGUAUUAUUAGGUAUUGAAUUAACUGAGCAAAUGGAAAUAAGAGUGAAAAAUAAACAAGUUAAGUUUAUACAAAUUAAAAAGGAACAACGUGUGAACCAGUGUGCUGUCGAAGAUAGUGAAUGGAAUGAAGUAUUAAAUAUAGACGUAUGUAGUGAACAAGACGAUCGAGAUAAGGUUGAAUUGGACCAUAUUGUAGAUAGGAAAAUUAGAGACGAUAUUAAGAAUUUAAUUAGUGAAUAUACAGUGACGAAGACGAGGGACACAGGUGUACGUGUGAAAAUCAUACUUGAAGAUGAUGCACCAGUAUACCAAAACCGACGGAGAUUGUCAGCAGAACGAAGAAAACAGGAAAUCGAGAUUCUCUGGAAAGAACGAGAUUUAGAACGUGAACGAAUUACGAAAGCCGCAAAUCAAGAAGAUCAGGCAGAACAGUCGCUUAUUUCAGUAGUAAAAGAAUAUGAGCAGUAUGGCGAGAAAAUGCAAAAAACCGUUACCGACGCGGAGGUUGCGUUUUCAAAAUUACUCGAAGAGAAAAAUGCACUAGCUUUACAAUUGGAGGAAGAGAAGAGGAAGUGUGAAGAUCUCUGGUUUCGUUUCGAGGAAGAAUCGGUUAACAAGGAUGAUAUUCAGAAUGAAAGAAGAGAGCAAUUUGUGAUAAAUACUGUAGAUGAAAAUAAGAUCAAGGAUAUCGAAAAGCUGUUGCUGGAAGAAAGAGAACGUGUCAGCUAG